GAACACGUUGUGGUUCCUUUUAGUAAUUUCUGGGAAUUGGCAAGAGGAGAAGCCGUUCAAGAUGGAUGUGAUUGUGUUUUUGGAGCCUUGAAUUGUGUCUAUGAGUGACUGAAGGCUUCCAGGAUGUCAGCUGAUGACUUUGUGCACUACGAUUCCUUUAGUGAGGAGGACGAAGACGAAAUAGUAGAUUGGCAGCUACCACUAUGUUUUAUGAAGAAGCGCCACAGAGAACAGAUCGAAGGUUCCAGAUCUUUAGCUCAAACGUGGCGUAUGAAGGAGCGAAUGAAGACCGUCAGUGUAGCACUAGUGUUAUGCCUAAACAUUGGGGUCGAUCCACCAGAUGUCGUGAAAACCUCACCUUGUGCAAGAAUGGAGUGCUGGAUCGAUCCUUCAUCUAUGAGUCCGCAGAAGGCUUUGGAAAUUGUUGGAAACAAAUUGCAGGAACAAUAUGAACGUUGGCAGCCAAGAGCUCGUUACAAGCAGAGUCUUGAUCCCACUGUAGAAGAAGUAAAGAAAUUGUGUUCCUCAUUACGACGAAAUGCAAAGGAGGAGAGAGUGCUUUUCCAUUACAAUGGACAUGGUGUUCCAAGAGCAACAGCAAAUGGGGAGAUUUGGGUCUUUAACAAAAGCUACACUCAAUAUAUUCCAUUGUCAGUGUAUGACCUACAGACGUGGAUGGGAAGUCCUUCAAUCUUUGUCUAUGAUUGUAACAAUGCUGGACUUAUAGUGCAGUCGUUUAUUCAGUUUGCUGCCCAGCGUGAGCAGGAACAGGAGCGCUGCUUGGCUCAGGGUACCCCUAUCCCUGUCCCACAUGUGGUUAAAAACUGCAUCCAACUGGCAGCAUGUGAUGCAAACCAGCUACUGCCAAUGAACCCAGAGCUUCCUGCUGAUCUGUUCACUUCUUGUCUGAGUACACCCAUUAAAGUGGCACUGCGAUGGUUUUGUAGUCAAAAAAGCAGCAAGCUGGUUCCUGGUAUCACCCUUGACUUGAUCGAAAAGAUUCCAGGUCGCCUAAAUGACAGAAGAACACCCCUAGGAGAACUGAAUUGGAUUUUCACUGCAGUUACUGAUACCAUUGCAUGGAAUACCUUACCAAGAGAGCUCUUUCACAAGCUAUUCAGGCAGGAUCUGUUGGUAGCAAGCCUGUUCAGGAACUUCCUUUUAGCAGAGAGAGUGAUGAGGUCAUACAACUGUACACCUGUGUCUAGUCCCAGACUUCCCCCAACGUACAUGCAUCGAAUGUGGCAAGCUUGGGAUUUAGCAGUUGACAUUUGUUUGUCCCAAUUACCAGAUGUGAUUGAAAACCUAGGGAAUUUUAAGCAUAGUACAUUCUUCACAGAGCAAUUGACUGCAUUCCAGGUGUGGCUAGCUAUGGGUGCAGAAGACAGGGACCCCCCUGAACAGCUGCCAAUUGUUCUACAAGUGCUACUGAGUCAAGUGCAUAGAUUGCGAGCUCUUGAUCUACUGGGGAGAUUCUUGGAUUUGGGGCCUUGGGCUGUAAAUCUUGCACUUUCAGUUGGCAUCUUUCCUUAUGUGCUUAAGCUUCUCCAGAGUUCAGCAAGAGAGUUGAGGCCUUUGUUAGUGUUCAUCUGGGCAAAGAUUUUAGCAGUUGAUAGUUCUUGUCAAGCUGAUCUAGUCAAAGACAAUGGACACAAAUACUUUUUAUCUGUGCUAGCUGAUGGGUACAUGCGGGCAGAGGAUCGAACAAUGGCAGCAUUUGUUCUGUCAGUGAUUGUGAAUGAAUAUCCAGUUGGUCAGGAAGCCUGUGUUCAAGGCAAUUUAAUUGCCAUCUGUCUGGAGCAGCUGAAUGAUCCCCACCCUCUACUGCGACAGUGGCUUGCUAUCUGUCUUGGUCGGGUGUGGUACCAUUAUGAAGCUGCCAGAUGGUGUGCAGUAAGGGAUAGUGCCCCAGACAAACUGUACUGCCUUCUUUCUGAUCCUCUUCCAGAGGUACGCGCUGCAGCGGUGUUUGCCUUGGGACGAUUUGUAGCCAACAGUGGGGACAGAUCUGACCAAGCUAAUCAGAUUGACUUUGGAGUAGCCAUGACUCUGACCCAACAGUCCUUGGAUGGAAGUCCGCUCGUUAGAAAGGAACUGGUUGUCGCUCUCCACGGACUGGUGCUGCAGUUUGAAACCAACUUUGGCGUAGUGGCUCUGCAAUUCUUAGAAGAAGACCGUCAAAGAGAGAAUGCACCCCCAGCAGCGGCAAUUACACCCAGUGGCUGGAUUGUGGUCGGCUCUGGCCCUUCUUCAGGAUUGGAGCCCAUUACGCACAUGAGCCCCAGCAGUGGAGUCAAGAACACCAAAGGAAUACGCUCCAGCUUUUCAACGUCGAAUCUCAAUACUUUCGCUGCUAAUCCUCCUGUUGUUAGUGGCCAGCAUAUGUCAUCGUCACUAAUGACUUACAGUAGUAGUAGUGGCAGUUCUGGUAGCAAUGAUUUUCUUCCUGGCAUGAAAGAUCUGCGGCGGACAGGCUCACAAAAUUCACUGUCUUCAAGCUUUCAGUCUAAUGUUUAUGCUAACGUAUGGAAGGCUCUGCUCAAUCUGUCGGUUGAUCCAUUUGUGGGUGUUGCAGAUCUCGCCAAAAAGAUCGUAAAUAGCAUAACUUUGAAGGCCACCAUUGCUGCUUGCCCCAAAAGGAUCGCACAGACGCCGUCAUCCAGCCUUUCUACUUCUGCCCCGUCAUCACCCGGGAGAUUUCCGUACCACGCGGGGUCAGACCCGUGUAUGUCUCCUCCCCCUCAUAGCAACUCCAAUGAAACGCCUCGUAUAAUGAAAAUGGAUCCUAACCAGUCCAAAGGCUCUAACCCCGGUCCCCUUGGGGCAGCAUUUCCUCACUCUUACGAGUUCCAUACAAAACGGAAAAUGUUCGACAAAGGUCCUGAGCAUUCGAAACAGCCAAGUAGCGCAAGUGAAGAUAACGACCAAGAAUCCGACGAAGAAGCAGGCUCCUCCAAACCUCCAAUGGUCACCACUAACUUUGCUGACUGGUGUGCCAGCUACUUUGCUCAAUCUGUUACCAAGGUACCAGAGGAACAUGAUCCUCAAAGUCACCUGCACUUCGAAAGAGAGUGGAGAUUUGAAAGAAACUCAAAAGUACGGUGGGAGGCGGCUAAACAACAAGCUAAAACAGCUUCAGGAAAAAUUGAUGAUCAGAUAUUUGUUAAUAAGAAUGUGAGUGCGCCAGGGGUGUUGAGAUUUCACCCGUAUGAACCACACCUAGCUGUUGCUGAUAGGGGUGGGGUGAGUAUCUGGAAUUGGGCGGAGGGAGUGAAAAUAAACUACAUUCCCAACAACAACCAUAAAGUGUCGCGCAUCACGAGCAUGCAAUUCCUCAACGCACAUGACUUGACGCUGUUGUUAACAGGAACCGACGAUGGCUCCGUACGAGUAUGGGGAAAUAUCGAGGGAGAAAAUUACGGCGACAAAAGUCUGGAAAUGGUGACAGCAUGGCAAGCUUUGUCCGGGAUGCUUCCGUCCACUCGAGGAAGUGGUUCUGGUCUUGUCGUCGGCUGGGAACAGCAGACCGGCACCCUGCUAGCAUCAGGUGAUGUUAGGUUCAUUCGAGUUUGGGACACUCAUCGAGAGAUGAGGAUGCAGGACAUUCCCACCGGUGCAGACAGCUGUGUGACGAGUUUAGCUUGUGAUUCUGUGGGUAGAUCGCUGCUAGUAGCUGGUUGUGGUGAUGGGUCCGUCAGACUGUUUGAUAGAAGAUUGCCGCCCAGCGACAGCCGAGUAAUGGCGCUUCGUGAGCAUUUAGGCUGGGUUACUGGUGUUUUCUUACAGAAAGGUGGCGAUGGGAACAUCAUAAGUGCAAGUGUCGCUGGAGACGUCAAAUUUUGGGAUCCGCGUUUCACAGAAUCAGUGCGAACCCUGAGAACUAUCGGUAAUGCGGCGGCGUUCGAGGUUCACCAGCAAGCUAAAGUGUUCGCCACUGGUUCUGCAAGUCAAAUGAUCAAGGUAUACAACCUGGACGGAGGGAACCUGAGUACCAUAAGAUAUCACGACGGUUUUAUGGGUCAGCGGAUUGGUCCUAUCAGCUGUCUUGAAUUCCAUCCGCACAGGGUCCAUCUGGCCGCUGGCAGCACGGAUUCUUUUAUCUCGAUCUACUCAACUGAGAAGACUGAAAAGAAGCGGUAGAAGAAAAUUAAAUAUUUGUACAUUGUUUUAAAAAAUGGUGUAGAUAGACGAGUGAUGACCUCUUAAGAAAGGACUCAGAUAUUUGUUAAUAGAGUGCUGAAUUAUCAUUAACUAAGGAGAGGACAGGAUGAAAGCUAAUUUAAAUUUUUAUCGCGGCUGCAAGAAAGGUUGAAAGGCAAACUGGGAAACAAAAGACGUGGUUCGCCCUAGUCUCCCGUUUGUCCGCUCCGUCUGAUCGUGUGGUUUACGUGGAAAUCUCCGAAGGGUUAGUUUUGUUUUAAAAUUGUAGUGUUGCAACCAAAAGAAAUAA